AUGAGUGGACGCGGCAAAACCGGUGGAAAAGCCAGAGCCAAGGCAAAGUCCCGCUCUUCUCGCGCUGGACUCCAGUUCCCAGUGGGUCGUGUCCACAGGCUGCUGCGUAAAGGCAACUAUGCGCAGCGUGUGGGUGCCGGCGCCCCCGUCUACCUGGCUGCUGUGCUGGAGUAUCUGACCGCUGAGAUCCUGGAGUUGGCUGGAAACGCCGCCCGCGACAACAAGAAGACCCGUAUCAUUCCCCGCCACCUGCAGCUGGCCGUCCGCAACGACGAGGAGCUCAACAAGCUCCUGGGCGGAGUGACCAUCGCUCAGGGAGGUGUGCUGCCCAACAUCCAGGCUGUUCUGCUGCCCAAGAAGACCGAGAAACCCGCCAAGGCCAAGUAAAGUUGCGGCUCCUGCCAACCAGAAAUAGAAAAGGCUCUUUUAAGAGCCACACAAUUAUGUCUGAUAAAGGCACAGCUCCUCAUGUCUACACCUGUAAAGUAUUCUAACUGUACAAAUACAAAAACAAGUUAUGUUUUGUAUAUUCUUUUAUGUAAGUAAAUGGCAGGGCAUUCACUAGUUGUAGUAAAUGGAGUGUAAACUCACCUACUGACAGUUUACUACCUUUAUCCCAGACUUUUCAGAGCAUCUAUAUCUCA